AUGCAACAGCUGAUGGGAAACUUACCUGCUGCUCGAGUGCGGAUGUCUCGGCCCUUCAGUCACACCGGUGUCGACUACGCUGGUCCAAUUGAAGUGAAGUCCUGGAAGGCCAGCGGUGCAAAAAUUUUAAAGAGCUAUUUUGCCGUAUUUAUUUGCUUGGCAACAAAGGCCAUACAUUUGGAGGUAGUAUCAAACCUGACGACACAGGCAUUUUUGGCAGCAUUUCGGCGUUUCACGGCUAGAAGAGGAAGUUGCAAGCAAAUCUACAGCGACUGCGGAACAAACUUCGUCGGUGCUAAUAAUGAAUUAGCGAAGAUGUUGAAGGAAGCACAACACGAUUGGAAAGAAGUUGCAGAAACCUUAUCAAAUCACGGUACCGAUUGGCAUUUUAUUCCCCCGGCUUCUCCACACUUUGGUGGAUUAUGGGAAGCGGGUGUGAAAUCGGUCAAGUAUUAUUUAAAACGAGUUGUUGGGACCGAAAGGCUGAAAUUCGAGGAGCUCGCGACGCUUCUAGCUCAGAUAGAAGCUUGUCUGAAUUCGAGGCCCCUUUGCCCUCUCUCCAACAGCCUCGACGAUUUGAACGCGUUCACCCCUGCACACUUUCUAGUAGGAGAAUCACUACAUACUGUUCCUCAAGGAGAACUAAACACCAAUAUCAGUCAUAUGAACCGAUGGAAGCGAGUUCAAUCAUUAUCAGAAGGAUUCUGGAAAAAGUGGAACUCUGAGUACCUAGCACGGCUUCAACAAAGACCAAAGUGGACAAAAAUCCAGGCUUUGCCUAAAAUAGGAGACUUAGUUCUUCUCAAGGAUGAACGACUUCCACCAACGCAAUGGAAUCCCGCGAGAAUAGAAUGA